UGUGCCACCACAUCAACUGCAAAGGCAAUGGCACACCUUCUCCUUCUGGUUGCGCUUUAUACUUUGCUUGACUCUUUGCAGAGUUGUCCCCCAACCAUCACCACUACUACUACAACCACCACUCCUCGUGUUACUACAAGAUCCGGUAAUAACACCCACAGGAAAAGAGACGUUAACGAAGCUAUGAGUUGUCCCCCAACCAUCACCACUACUACUACUACAACCACCACUCCUCGUGUUACUACAAGAUCCGGUAAUAACACCCUCAGGAAAAGAGACGUUAACGAAGCUAUGGUAACACUAGUUAGCUAUCUGGACUAUGAACCCUCGAAAAAUCAAGAUUACUUGUGGAUGUUUGAUAUACUGGUAGCAGGGUGCGCUGCAGAACAAAGAAUUCCGUUCGCUGCGGAACUAGUAGCAGGGUGCGCUGCAGAACAAAGAAUUCCGUUCGCUGCGGAACUAGUUGAAAAGACGGUGAUAAACGAAGGUGGCAAGUUUGCUGUUGUUUACAAAAUAUGGGGAAGUGACUGUGAUGAGGUGAGCAGGCCUGCAUAG